CAAGCUCCGUGCCCAUACACACCUUUUUCUCCACUUUUUCUUAUAAAAGAGAUACUCCAUUUAACCAGAAACGCCUUUUACAAGACGAAUUGGCGAAGGUUAUGUGAAUCUAGAGAUCUCGCAGCAAACCAGUUGUCCCGGAAGAGACCACCGUUCCUGCCCAAGUCUCGUUCCUUAUGGAGGCAUAUACUAUUUUACCCUGUAUAAAUUGUAAAAAUAUAUUGGUGAAAUGUUUCUUGAUUAUAAUUUUCCUGGAUAAAUACUCAUUCAUCUCAGGAUCAAACUGAACUAAAGAGGAAGAACUUAAAAUUAAGGAAAACCUCGACAAAUUGGCGCAGUGAGUAGGAUGAUCCCAUGAAUGGUAUUUACUCCAGGACGCUACUACUACGUACUACUUGAAUGUUUACUACUAUUCAUUUUGUUUCUAAUAGAUUGUAACACGGUGUUUGGAAGGGUGAACGGCCGUGCUGAAUGGUCGGAGGUAACCAAGUGGAGAAUCAGGUAAUAUUGAAGGUAAUGUAAUGGACUGAGUGUGGUGAUGGUUGUGUGAUGAGUGUAUGCAUGCGUGAUUUGGUUCCUGCAUACCAGUCAAACGUGUGGUGUUUAGCGUAGUGUCGAUCCCCACAUGCCUCCCUCACCGUAACGAGACGAGUGCUUGUCUCAGUGUUGCCAUUGUCACAUAGGUUGUCACAUGGCUGGGGAUAACAGUCUUUGGUUGUUUAGAGUAAUUUCGUUUGUAUUUAAGAUUGUGGUAUACCCCGUGAGCGUAGCAGAUAGACUGCGUUCAGUGUCUUGAUUGUAAUGCGGCAUAAUUUAACCAUUACUAUUAACGACUAGUUUUCUUUGCGCGAACCAGAUUUUUCUGUGCGCUUAAUAAUAAUAAUAAUAAAAAAAAAAAAAAAUCAUUCAUAUCGAUAUGCGCAACUGGCAGAUUCAUGCUAUUUUGAUUAAGCUGUUGAUGUAUAUUUAAAGUACUGCUGAAACCGUUGUCUAGACAGUUUAAAAUUACAUAACUUGGAAUAGAAGAUUAACUACAUUCAAAAUGUCUUUCAGUAUACUAGAAUUGGUUAAGACUGCCAAGGAUGCGGGACUUUCGACGGAAGAUAUCAAUGUUCUUGUUUCUCGUGAAGAAGAGAGGUACAAUAAGGAAAGUGAGCGAGAGGAGAGACAGAGGGAAAGAGAAUUUAAGAAAGCAGAACUGGAAUUAAAGAAAUUAGAGAUUGAAUCGGCAGAAGCGAGCAAACGGCGCGAGCACGAGUUAGAGCUAGCUAGGAUUAAGGGUGAAGCUGGUGAGCAUACGACGGGGAACAAUUCUGUAUUUCCGGACUUAAAGCUGCCUAAUUUUAGUGAAGGUAAAGACGAUAUUAGCGAUUACCUUACACGCUUUGAGAGAAUUGCCGAUCUACAGGGAUGGAAGAUUAAUAAUUACCACGUUUACUUAGGUGCUCACUUGACGGGUAAAGCUUUGAAGACUUACACUAGUUUACACGAGGAAGUUUUGUGCGAUUAUUCCCUACUUAAGGAAGCUCUAUUAAAGACUUAUUGUUUAGAUGCGGAUUCAUAUCGGAAGAAAUUUCGGGAAAGUAAAGUAGGCGACAGCGAGACGUAUAUGCAGCUGAUAACUCGGAUGGAACAAUAUUUAAAGAACUGGAUAGCAUUGAGUGAAGUAGAAGAGGAUUUUGACAAAUUAUGCGAAUUCUUAAUAAGAGAUCAGUUAUUAACAAACUGCCCAGCUGAUCUACGAAUAUUCUUGAAGGAGAGAUUAUUUGACAGUACUCUAGAAAUGGCACAAGCUGCCGAUAGAUUUCGGGCUGCUCAUCGGCGACCGAAAACUUUCAGAAAUUUUCAGGGUAAAGAAGAAAGCGAGAGGUCCGAGUCAAAAUCUAACUUAGUUUGUCACAACUGCAGACUUACGGGUCAUAUUCGCCCUAACUGUCCCGAACUAAAGGGUAUUGCGAAGACUAAAUCUAGCAGAGUGAAUUUCGUUUUCGAAACCGAUCUCACACCGCAGAAUAGCAUCACCGCAAAAGCCGUUUUAUUUAACAAGACCGUGAAUGCUCUUCUAGACUCCGGCUGCUCAACCAUCAUUGUUAAGGAUUCCCUUGUUCCUUCUUGCGUUAAGAAGAGAAGGAUGGUUACGCUUUAUGACUACCUAGGAGUAGGUCGAUCAUUUCCCGAGAUCAGGUGUCACGUAAAGUGUGAAUUCUUCACCGGGUGGGUCAGCGCCGUCGCAGCCCCGAUUAAAUUUACCGACGUGCUGAUAGGUUUGAUUCCGGGAGUGAAGCGACCGAUGCUGAACGUGUCCGGGACGUCUACGGAUGCUAACGACCAUGAUAAUAUCCAUAAAGAUGCGUCUGGAGAAAUCGUAAUGGAAGUUCAGACGAGGAAGGAUAAAGGCAAACUAAUCUUGCUCCUUUAG